AUGGCUUUUCUUUUCUCUCACCUUUGCAGCUCAACAGCAGCAGCAGCCAUCAGGAGGUGUACACCUCGAUCCGAGUCCCAGAAAGAGCUGGAACUCCUAUCGUCGAGGCGUACUUCGUGCACUACUUGCACCAAGAACUGGUCCUUCCACAGGAUCAAGACCAUAAUCUUAAGCUAUCUCCGCCCGAAACUACUCAGGAGCGAGAACCCGUAUCCCCCCACAUGCUGGUCCGACGAGACCUGCCCACGCGGACCAGACCGCUUCAGCACCCUCCGCGCUUCCCCUGAUGGUAGCGAUGCGGGCCUGCUCGUGCUGGAGCUCUCCCCCUCGUCAUUAUCACCCACCGUCGACGAGGCCAGCCCGCCCCUUUGCCGGUACGACCAUGCGAUGCAGGGGCACACCAUGGCCCAGCUCGAGCAGACCGUGCAGGCGAUCCAGGAGAAUGGUGUAGAGCCCGAGCCGUGUGCGGGCUACCGGCUGGCAGAGGUGCUUCUUCGCCGCUACCAGAUGGAUGGGGAACAGGCUGAUGUUGUCGCUGGGGAGUGCGGGCGCCCGAGGUUAUUGCUCUUCCGGGACAGCGAUUCGUACCCAUCGCGGCAGGCGAAGAGGGUCGAGCCGGGAGACGAGGACGGGUACUUUGUCGGAUGGAAUCCCCCAGAUUGA